UUCUCUGUUUGCAAUACACAGGUCUUGCUGUGUGUAAGCCCUCCCUGGUCACACUGCUGGAACAGACACAAGAGCCUUGGGAUGUGAAGGGACAGGAGUCAGGAACCAUGUACCCAGAGAAUCUUUCUGACUGUAACAACUCAGCAAAAGACUUUGAUCAACAUGCAAAACUUACCAUCCAUCAGUGUGCACACCGCGAAGAGACGUCAGACAAGCAGGAAGACGGUGACGAAUCAGCUUCCGAUCAGCAUCUCAGGGUGCGUACAGGAGACAAGGUCUACAAGUGUAAAGACUGUGGGAAAGCCUUCAAAUACCGCUCAGUCCUCCACCAGCACCACAUAAGUCACACGGCCGCAAGGCCCUACAAAUGUAAAGAGUGCGGCAAAGCCUUCAAGAGAAGCAGAAACCUCGCUCAGCACCAGGUGACUCAUAAGAGAGAGAAGCCACACAAGUGUGAAGAGUGCGGCCGAGCCUUUACCACACUUUCUGUCCUUACACAGCACCGCAUCACCCACACCGGAGAUAAGCCCUACCAGUGUAAAGAAUGCGGCAGAGCCUUUAAAUAUAGCUCGACCCUCACUCAGCACGAAGUCAUUCAUACUGAAGCCAAACCGUACAGAUGUCAGGAAUGUGGCAAAGCCUUCAAGAGAAGCCACACGCUCAGUCAGCACCAGGUGACUCACAGAGGAGAGAAACCGCACAAGUGCGAAGAAUGUGGGAAGGCCUUCAGCAAGCAUUCGUCUCUUACCCAGCACCAGGUCAUCCACACCGGAGAGAAGCCGUAUCAGUGCAGAGAGUGCGGGAAGGCCUUCAAGUAUCAGUCAACCCUUACCCGACACCAGAUUGUUCACACGGGCGCGAAGCCCUACAAAUGUCCGGAAUGCGGCAAGGCCUUCAAUAACAGCUCCACCCUUAGUCGGCACCAGAUAAUCCACACGGGAGAGAAGCCCUACAAAUGUCAGGAGUGCGGCAGGGCCUUUUACUGCUCCUCCUUCUUGAUCCAGCACAUGAAGAUUCACUUCGAGGAGAUGCCCUACAGAUGUAAAGAGUGUGGUAAGCCCUUCCGGCUUUCCUCCCAGCUUAUCCGACACCAGAGGAUCCACACUGGGGAGGAGCCCUACAUCUGCAAAGAGUGUGGCAAAACCUUCAAGUAUCAGUCAAACCUUACCCGUCACCAGAUACUUCACACCGGCGCGAAGCCCUACAAAUGUCCGGAAUGCGGCAAGGCCUUCAAUAACAGUUCCACGCUUACAAGACACCAGAUAAUCCACACGGGAGAGAAGCCCUACAAGUGUCAGGAGUGUGGCAGGGCCUUUUACUGCUCCUCCUACUUGAUCCAGCACAUGAAGAUUCAUUUCGAAGAGAUUCCCUACAGAUGUAAAGAGUGUGGUAAGCCCUUUAAGUGUUCUUCCCAGCUUAUCCGACACCAGAGGAUCCACAGCGGAGAGAAACCCUAUAUAUGUAAGGAAUGUGGCAAGGCCUUCAACUGUACCUCAUACCUUACCAAGCAUCAGAGGACCCACACCGGGGAGAAGCCCUACGUGUGUCAGGAGUGCGGCAAGGCCUUCAACUGUUCUUCCUAUCUCUCCAAACAUCAGAGAAUUCAUCUUGGAGACAGACUCUAUAAAUGUAAGGAGUGUGGCAAAGCCUAUUACUUUUCCUCCCAGCUUAAUCGGCAUCAGAGAAUUCACACCGGGGAGAAACCCUAUGUGUGUCAGGAGUGUGGCAAGGCCUUCAACUGUUCUUCCUACCUUCAGAAGCAUCAGCGAAUCCACAUUGUAGAAAAGCCCUAUGUGUGUAAGGAGUGCGGCAAGGCUUUUAACUGUUCCUCAUACCUUACUAAACACCAGAGGGUCCACACUGGAGACAGGUCCUACAAGUGUAGGGAGUGCGGCAAGGCCUACUACUUUUCCUCACAGCUCACGCGACAUCAGAGGACUCAUACCAGAGAGAAACCCUAUCGAUGUAAAGAAUGUGGCAAGGCCUUCAUUACUUCCUCCAGCCUUAAGCGACACCAGGAGACUCACACACUCUUGAAACCAAGCCACGUCUAGAAUUGGUGUAUGUGUAUAUGUGUAGAAGCGACGCCUUAAUGGGAAGAGAGUUGUUCUAGGUGUUUCAUAAAGGACAAAAACUCGUUCAUGCACUUACUGUCUUUAAAAACUGCUGAAUCUUCCGUUUGCACCAAGAGGCCCAUAUAUAAGCAGAGACAAUGCAGGUGUAAGGGAUGCGGCAAAACCUUUAAAAGGUGCGUGGCGCUGUUUCAGAACUGUUACAGAUGUGAUAAUGUGGCCUGGCCUUUGAUCAAAGCCCUUCUUUGUUGGACAGUAGCAAAUUCCUAUUGGAAAGAGUAUUAUUGUCCUAUGUCUAACCCCUAGAACGGUCCAAUACUAUACUGUAAAGCCCCUCAUAAAAUGAAAAGAUUAAUAUAGCUUUCACUAAUACCUCAGCAAAUC